CCUCACUCACCCUUCGCCAUCAACAACGACGUUUCACCCCCGCUUCCGCCAACCUCCAUCUAUUACCGCACUCCUCCUCGCCCGCUUUGGUCUUUCUUCCUACACGUAAAUAUAUGCUGUAGGCGCAUACGCUCGUGCACAACGCGCGAAACUCCACAUCUGCACUACGCGCCACCAUGGCGACGAAUUGGCAACCCCCCUUCGGCUUGCCCUUCACCAUGCCUAUGCCGCCGCAGACACCUCAAUCUCAGUCGCAGCAACAUGGCCAGACCCCGAAUGGCCAAUACCAGUCGCAAAAUGCUUCUUGGACACCCCAGACCGACGAUCACGCGAACCAGUGGGCCAUCCCAGGCCUCAACAACCAAACCUACAACCAAAAUUCCCAAUCAUCCUAUUCACCUUCACCAGCUGCCUGGCCGUCCUCUUUCCCCACUCCGCAAAUGUGGCAACAGGCGAUGCAGAUGCAGAUGCAGUUUCCCAUCAUGUCAAACGGCGCAUUCCCUCCACCACCCAUGCUCUAUAACAACCCUCCUCAUACCACAACUCAUCCGCCUCCACCAGGCCUUCCACCCGCUGCACCCACGUUUCAACCCGCGCAACCACCUCCGCCACCUGCAACUAACCGGCAGCAGCACUACCAUAUGGAUGCGAUGGAUGUAGACAAGGAAGACGGCGAACUGAGUGAAAGCGACCCCGCUUCUCAAUCGCCCGCUGGACAUGCAAGUGCUCAUCAACCCCCGCCUCCUCGAUCUGCUCCUCAGGCAGCACCGCGAAGCAACGGGCCUAUAUAUGCUAGUCAUCGGGAACGCUACACCCCAAAUCAGCAAGCCGCUACGCAGAAAUCGACUGUUGAGCCCGAAGCUACCGAUAGCAUAGUGCAGCAGCGGGACGAGGCUCAAAAGUUCAUUAAGCUCUUGCACGGUAACAAUAUCGGCUACCGCGCUUUGGCCAAUGAGGAUCUCGAUACCGACCUUCUACGGGGCUUAUAUCGAUCUCUGAAUCUGCCCUCUGAACCCGAGCCUGUACCACCACCCAAAGCCACUACUGGGCCGGCGGCUUCCACCGCGCUCUCCGCGACUACUCCUUCCACCCCGACCAACAAUACCGCCGUGUCAAAUAACAACAAGCUGAGCUCGGUGAAAACCAACAUUGCGCCAGUCCCGCCUACCAAGUCUGCCCCAUCUCCGGUUGACCGUAAAGAUUACAUUGCGCGUUUGCAAGCUGCGAAAAAAGGAAAGCAGGUUGCAGCGACCAAGGCUGCAUCUCCGCAACAAGCGCAAACGCCGCCUGCGUCCGCUACUCCCACGCCAGCAGCCAAUGCUCAGCAGCCCAGCGGAGAAGAACAGCAGACCCAACAGGCUCGCCAGAACCGGGUUAUACAAGAAAGGAUCCAAGCACUGAAGAACAACCCUGCCACGCCUGUUCCAACGCAGCCUGCGGCUAGCAAGACCCCGCUUAGCAACGGACCUCCCGCGACUGGUCUUCAAUCUCCUGCUUCAACUGCCGUAGUGAAACCCUUAUCUCUUCCUGCAAAACCUCAAUUGCCAUCACAAGUCACCCCUACGACGCCGUACUCUGGUAUUCCCGGGCUGUUUAUGAAUUUGCCGUCCACAAUGCAAGGGCCUCCCCCCACUUUGAGCGGCACAAAACGGCCUCUGCCUUCCGAUUCCAUGGACACACCAGCAGCUGCUACUAGUGCUAACCCUGAGCCAAAACUUGUCAUCGAGCCGAAUAAUCACAACAAUAAUGCUGAAACUGAAGGUGCCCGGCCUUCUAAGCUGCCAUUACGAACUGCGCAGCAAAACGAACAACGAGUUGCCGCACCGAACGCUGCGAGCACACCAUCACGCCCUGCAUCUGUCAAUCCUGUUCAGUCAGCAGUCAGCACGCCUGAUAUUCAAGCUCCCUCUAGCCAAGCACGCAACGAGGAGAUGGAAGACAAACAGAAACGCCUCGCCGCAGCAAAGCUACAGGCAAUUCAAAAACUGAAACAGCAACGAGAACAAAACAAACAACAGAAGGCAAAGCUGGCCGAAACACCUGAAAAGGAAACAAUGGUGCAACAAGCGACUGUACCCGCACCCACAGUACCUCCACCUGCGAACACAACUCAACCGGGGGAUAUUGCAGCUCCAGGCGCCUCUUCUAUUGCACACGUGGAUGAAGGUUCUCUGCGAAGUGUCAAAAGGCUUCGUAGAGCCAAGAUUGAAAAAGACUUGCCCGACUUGGAUGCGGAAUUGGCGGCUAAUUCAGCAAAGAUGGAUAAGCUGGCCAAAGAAUUGCAGGAACUUGCUGCCAAUGACAAGCGCAUGCAGGAGGAUAAGGCGAAGCUGAUUGAAGAGCUAGAGCAGCUUGGAAUUGACACCGAAGGUAUGGAGCACAGUGAGUUGAGGGCUACCAAAGAGGCGAUUGAUCGAGAACAAGCAACCGCUGUUCCUCCUGCUGGUUCUGAGCCAUCUGCUGCACUGCAUACGUCACCUGUGGACUCUACCGCACCAGCUGUUCCUCGCUCCUCUCCGCCUAAGCCCAGUCAACCUAGUAGUGCACUAAUUGGCUUGCCUCCUAAACCUGUCUCAGCCGCGCCAAUCGACGUGACACCUACGCACAGCAGUGGUAUUCCGGGACUGGGAGCUCCGAUCACUCGACCAUCCUUUGUUGAUGCGGCGUAUGGCUCACGAUCUGGGACUAAUGCCUCGAGUCGAUCAGAUGCUGCCUCCGCGGCUCCCAAGGCUUCUGCUGUGACGGAGUCUGCAACGCCCAUGACCGAAGAGGAGGACUUCUACUCCCCCAAGGAAGCCGAUGCCCGUUCAAGCAAAAAUGUGGUCCCAAAUUCCCCUUCUGAAGAUGGCGAGGUCGCUAUGUCCGAAUCCGAGGAAGAGUACGAGCCUGACGAGCCGCAAGUACUUAUUCAGCAGGCGCCGCCUCAGCCCGAGCAAGAAGCUGCACCUAAAUUGACCGAUGAUGUGACAACUGCGACCUCACCGACAUCGACCUCUGGUGACGACGGGGAGCUUGCAUCUCCCGACGAGGCCGAAGAGGCCGACGAUGGCGCUAUGGACAUCUCUUCGUCGGAAGAUUCAGACAGCUCCGAUUCAGAUUCGGACUCUGACUCUGACGCCGAUGCAACCACGAAAAGCCCUCCUCGAGGAGUGAUUGUGAUCAACGAUGGUGCACAACCUGCAGACAAUGUGGUUUCGGAUCCCGAGCAAGCUACUGCUGUAACCCAACAACCACCGGUCGAUCCUUGGGCGUAUGUCCCUUAUGAGAGUCCAUUGCGAAAGUUCAAGUCGUAUCGCUAUCAUCCCAAGUACGCUGGGGAAGUACAGAGCGGCUAUCUAUCUUUAACUUAUAGUCAUCAAAUUGACCCUGAUACGCCUGUCUGUCCCACCGAGGCACAAGGAGAAAUGUGCUUGGACCCGAUUUGUCAGAACCAGCACUUUUGUCAAAUGAGUAUUAGUGGUGAAAAACUUCUCGUGCAGCUUGGCACUGCCAAUCCGGGUAAGACACCUGAUGAGAAAACGCAGUGGAACGAAGGGCUCCGCAAUGUGUUGAAGAAUCUUCGAAAGGAGAAUUCCAAGGACCCCAACGCCAUUGCUCAGGAGAUUGCCAAGUUCCGUCGCGAGUUCCUGAAAGACGAUACCCGAGUCGUCAAUCUCCAAUGA